CGCUAUAUAACGGGGGGAGCCCGGCGCUGGGCAACCUCGCGGAAAAAACGCCACACGCACACACGCGCGGCGCCCUCGCACGGACAGCUGUGCCGGGGUUAUGAGACCGUCACCGCGCCGGAGAGGCUGAGCGACGGAGAGGCUCACCAUGACCAAGUCGUACAGCGAGAGCGGGCUGAUGGGCGAGCCCCAGCCGCAGGGCCCCCCGAGCUGGACGGACGAGUGCCUCAGCUCCCAGGACGAGGAGCACGAGGUGGACAAGAAGGAGGAGGACCUGGAGGCUCUGCACGCCGAGGCCGAGGAGGACUCCCUGCGGAACGGAGAGGAGGAGGACGAGGAGGACGACUUGGACGAAGAGGAGGAGGAAGAGGAAGAGGAGGAAGACGACGACCAGAAGCCCAAGAGGCGGGGCCCCAAGAAGAAGAAGAUGACCAAGGCGCGCAUGGAGCGGUUCAAGCUGCGGCGCAUGAAGGCCAACGCCCGGGAGCGCAACCGCAUGCACGGGCUGAACGCGGCCCUGGACAACCUGCGCAAGGUGGUGCCCUGCUACUCCAAGACGCAGAAGCUCUCCAAGAUCGAGACCCUGCGCCUGGCCAAGAACUACAUCUGGGCGCUCUCCGAGAUCCUCCGCUCGGGCAAGAGCCCGGACCUGGUGUCCUUCGUGCAGACCCUCUGCAAGGGCCUGUCGCAGCCCACCACCAACUUGGUGGCCGGCUGCCUGCAGCUCAACCCGCGGACUUUCCUCCCCGAGCAGAGCCAGGAGGUGCCGCCGCACGUGGCGGCGGCGGCGGCGGCGGCGGGCGCGCCCUUCCCGGCGCAUCCCUACCCCUACCAGUCGCCGGGCUUGCCCAGCCCGCCCUACGGCACCAUGGACAGCUCCCACCUCUUCCACCUCAAGCCGCCGCACGCCUACGGCGCCGCGCUGGAGCCCUUCUUCGAGAGCGGGCUGGCGGAGGGCGCCAGCCCCGCCUUCGACGGGCCGCUCAGCCCGCCCCUCAGCGUGAACGGCAACUUCUCCUUCAAGCACGAGCCGGCCGCCGACUUCGACAAGAGCUACGCCUUCUCCAUGCACUAUCCCGCCGCCGCCGCCGCCGCCGCGCUGGCCGCCGCGCCCGCCCACGCCGCCAUCUUCCCGCCCGCCGCCUCCCGCUGCGAGAUCCCGGUGGACGGGCUGGCGCCGUACGAGGGCCACCCGCACCACGAGCGCGUCCUCAGCGCCCAGCUCAACGCCAUCUUCCACGACUGAGCCUCCCCGCGCCGCAGGGAGGGCCGGGGCGGCCGCGCCCCGCCACCGCCUUGUUUACAGGGGGCGGCCCGGCGGGCCCCGCCGCCGCCUCGGGGCCCCGCGGCCCCCGCUCACCCGCUGUCUUUGCUGCCGCUCCUCGGAGCGACGCUGU